GAAGAAGAAGAAGCAGACUGUUCUUCAGCAGUUUCGUUGCUGGGACAUGGCGGAGAAAGUGGAAGUUCUGCUGGUGUAGACAAGGACAGACAAGAUUCUGGUAGCGGUGGUGGUUCAGGGCAUGGUGGUGGUAAUGGACAAUCGGUUGGGGUACAUGGUUCACUAGAUGGUAACGUUGGGCAUGGAGGGCAACUUUCAACUUCUGGCGCAGGACAUUCAGGUGGAGGAGGGGGUGGUGGACAAGGUUCAGAAGGUGCCGGCGGAGGACAUUCUAGAGGUGGCGGAAUUUCGGAACAAUCAGUUUUUGGGCACGGUGGUGGUGGGGGAGGCACGGGGCAUUCGGCUACAGGACAAGGAGGAGGUGAGGCAAUUGUAGGGCAUUCUGGGCAUUCCAAAGGAGGUGGAGGUGGUGGACAAGUGACUGGAGGACAAGCGGCACCUGCUGCAGUAAUUUUUGGCUUUGGCUUACGACAUUUUCUUCGAGGAGGUGAUGGACAAAUGACUGUUGGUGGAGGCGGUAGUGACGGACAUACUGGAGUUGGACAGACUGGUGGAGGACAGACCGGCCUAGGACAUGAUGGCAUAACAGGCGCUGGUGCGGAUGAGCAUCCAUUUUUUUCGUGCGUGCAGGAAGGACUACAACAGCAGCUGAAAGCUGCUGUCAAAUGUGUCGUUGAGCAUAAAAUUAAAAUUACUGCCCAGAAUUUGGCCAUCUACAACAAAUAA